GAUAAUAAUAAUAAUAAUAAUAAUAACAGCAAUGAUAUUGGUCCAAUAUAAUCAUUUUAUCGAACAUACGAUUGGAUAGUUCCACUCGUAUAGUUUGUUCAAACAAAUACACGUGAUAACCUACACAAUCUAUGUGUAUAUAAAGAGAGACACAUUUAUACAUAGAGAUGUAUGAGACUGUCUCAUUGAAAUAACUAAUUAACAACUAACCAACUAACAAACGAUGAACAGUUUAGAAUCGUAUUGUUUAUCAUGUAAAACUGGUGCAAUUGUAGAGAAUCCAAUGAAAACUCUUCCAUUGAAAUGGAAAGCAUGGAACACAUUAAUUGAUCGAUUGCCGGAGCUAUCGAGAAAUCGAAGUUUGAGAAAAGAAGUAGAAUUAUUACCACUUUUAGAUCUGGACGGUCUUGAUAAUCAUAAGGAAUUGAGAUUGGCACAUAAAAUUCUUGCCUUCAUAUCUUCAGUUUAUGUAUGGCAAGAUGGAGAAGGUGGUGAAACAGAGUCAUUACCAGUACAAAUCGCUAAACCACUAUUACAAGUAUCUGAUAGACUUGGUAUACAACCCAUACUGACAAAUGAAGAUCUCGUUUUAUCCAAUUGUAUUCCUUCAACUUUGCCAAAAGAAGAACAAAGUUUGAGUUUUUUACAAUCUAUACACAACCCCACAUAUCACGGAAGUUGGGAAGCGUUCAUAACUCUGAGUGCCGAAUGUGAACUAUUCUUUGCCCCUAUAUUACUGGAAAUGAUGAAUGCCAUUAAAGCCCAAGAUCCAUUGAAUGAAGAUGUCAUCACAGAAUGUUUAGAAAAUAUAGUGAAAGCAUUUGUACAAUUUAGAAAUGCACUAAAGAACUUUUAUGGUAAAUUGAAUGCAGAAGAAUUUUAUGUCGAUUUAAGACCCAUUUUGUGUGGUUGGUCUCAUGGAAAACUUAAAGACAAGGGUUUAAUUUACGAGACGAAUUCACAACACAUAAAUAAUAAUAAUAAUAAUAAGAGUAAUGAGAAUGAGAAUAAGAAAGCCAUAUCAAGUUGUCCAUUUUCUGGUGAACAAUACACCAGCAACACAGAUCGACGGAAGUGUAUUGGAGCAAGUGCAGCACAGUCAAUAACGAUUCAGACGUGUGAUGCAUUUUUCCAGAUAAAACAUGAUCCUGAGGAUGAAAAAUUCUUCCGUAAUAUGCAGACAUAUAUGAUAAAAGAACAUCGACAGUUUCUUCAAGAUCUAGCAAUGCACAGUCGAAUCCGUUGUAUAGUUGCUGAAAGCAAAUCUUCUCGUAUGAGAACAGCCUAUAAUCAAUGUCUGCAAUCAUUGUGGAAUUUCCGAAAUGCUCACAUAUCAUUAGUUAAAAGAUUCAUUAUACAACCAUCACAAAGUGUAGAUGCUAAAAUAAAACAACUUGAUAUUAAAGGAACCGGUGGUCAAUGUAAGUUGUUUUAUUCAAUCAACUUCUAUUUUGAUUGGGAUCAUGAAUGGAUGAAUGAUAGACCAGAAUGGUAAAACUGGAAACAGUUGACGGCCGUUUCGUUCUAGUAUGUGACUUGUGAGCAGUGCGCAUUCAAGAUCAUGCUUGCGGGAUUUGAUCAUAGAACAUUCGAUCUCACAUAUUGGAUCGUGGAUGAAACAGUCAUCCAGUGCUCUCAGGUUUUCAAUGGUGGUCUAACAUUCAUCCAUUCAUGAUCUGAAUUAAAACUCAACGAUCUCCACAACCCUUCACUGACAUUUUCUAUUUGUAUACAAUUUUAGGUUUAAAUGUCUUUCUUCAACGUGUACGAGAUGCAACACUUUCUGCAUCUUUGGAUUAAUUGAUUUGCUUUGAAAUGACACCAGUUUAUACAAGAAUGUAAUCUUUUUGUUUUAUGCAAAUAAUGAGUAAAAUAUACUUGAUCUUUUAAUA